UUUGAAACGAGUGGUAUUGCCCUUCCUGGUUCCCAGGUCACGACACAAUCGUUUAUGGGCGAAGACAAAUUUUCUAAUCUGAAUGCGAAUGACGUAACCUCGUCGAGCGAUGGAGGUGCGAUGAUGUCAUCAAGUGCCAGCAACGGAAUGACGCCAUCACAUGGCGGGAAUGGGAUGACGUCACCAAGUGACGCAGACCGGAUAGCGGCAUCAAAUGAUCCUACAGAACUUUCAGAGUACGAGCACAAUGUCGACAUCCAAGAGCGAACUGGUGCUGGUGAUAUAGUCCCUGUUGGGAUGAGUUCAAGUAGCCCAGCCAUCACUUCUGGUUCAAACAUGCCUGCAGGCCCAACCCCGGGCGGGGCAGGCGCUCCACCAGAGCACGUACUACUGUCACCCGACAGCGCGAAAGGGGAUGACCUCCUGAAGCCACUAGCCAACGACCCUGAUGGUAAACUUCAAGCGUUGCAGGAUCUCCGUGCUUUGACAAAAGCCCAGAAGGAAGAAGAGACCAGUGCCACUGAAGACUCCAACAAGAUCUCAGAUCCAGCAUUCCUGGAGGAGAUGUCAAACCGUAUCUCGGUGUCGGGCGCCCCCAUAAACAGCCUAGGGGUGGCCCAUACCCCCACAAUGCCAAUACGAGAUAUUGAACAACCCGAGUCGACACUCGUAAUCCCCGGGGAAAAGCUCAAACGAGACGAAAAAGGAAGUUCACAUAAAACUGGUUUCCAAGAAAAGAACGCGCAGUUUACCGUCGAUAAUAAGGUCGUAGCUUUGGGGUCUGGAACUGAGAAAGAGAAAUUCCUCACCAGUCCUAAGGCAGCUCAAUUUCAACAGUUGGAAGGUGGUGCAUCCCAACUUCACUUAAAAACCCCAGAACCUGAGAAAUCAAGCCAAGAGGCCGCCCUCGGUUUUUCCCCACAUAAACCCGACAUAACCAAUAAUCUUGCACCAAGAAUCACUGAGUUGGUGAAAGAAAUUGUAAGAGAAUCUUUAGGAAGUGGUCGUGAAUCAAAAACGAAAAAAGGCAACGGCAAGGCAGCGGACGAAAUACUCGACGAUCCAUCCAAAGAUGCUGCUGUGCUGCUGAAAUCUGAAAAACUGGAAACCAAACCGUAUGAUGGAAGAAAAAACCUCGGCGGCAGCGGGAGAGGGCCUGGAGCGAGCCAUCGAGUGAGCCCGCAGGCACAUCUUCAAGCGGAAAACUCGAAAGAAACCGUAUUUCUCCCGAACGUGCCACCGAAUGCCGAUGGCGAUCACGUGCUUUUUGGCGGUGAGCCGCAACCCACUAAUAACGCAGGCACGAUGAACAUAUUAUCGAAGAGUAACUUGAGCGACAAGGAGAAAAUGAAACUGAUCAAUGAAUACAAGGCGAGCCAGAAGAGUUCGGCGGAGCCUUCGGUACAGAGCAAACCCGAGUCCCCGACGACCUCUCCCGAAGUUGACGAAUCGAAGAUCACCGAAAUGCUAAAGAGCGGGAAAUUCAACGAGCAGGACUUGAAAAGUGAUUUUGCCGGGAAGGAGGCGGCGAUGCAAGAUAUGAUGAUGCUGGAGAAAGAACAAGCUUUGGACGAUAAGUUAUCGCAGGCUCAUUUGCAGGCUUCGCAAGCGAGCAAACAAAAUGGGCCUGGAAACGGAUUACCACCAGGAAGUCAACAACAGGGGAAUACGAUGUCGACACCGGGUAAUCUAUCCCCCGAUAUUACGCUCCCUGGGAAUGUAUCGCCGGGUGCAUCAUUGCCGGAAACUUUACCGGCAGGAAUGACACAACCGGGAGAUGGACUCUCAUCGGAUGUUGCGCUACCGGAGAAUAAGCUCCCAGCUGCCGGAGGUCAGCCUCAAAUGCCUGGGUUUCAGAAUCAAAUGCAGGGAAAUAAGCCAUCGGGAGAGAGAGAUGACCAGUUUAUGAUGGCCAAGGAUACACAGAUGGAUCGGUUGUUGGAUCAAGCACAACAAGGGUUACCUGCGGGUAUGGGAGGUGAAAAUAACGCUGGUAUGGUCAAGUCAACAAAGGCUCCCCAAUCGAAACUGAUUAACGGUUUCAACGAUGCGGUCAAAUCAUUCGACGACAGCGGUUUUGGCCACACCACACCGAAUUACGACGCCGUCGAUCCCAAAGGCAUCAGCAAAUUUGUCGACACAGUUCAAGGGUUGUCGCCGGCCGAAGUGAAAGCUUACGGAAUAGAUGUCAACAAUGACGUGUACAUCGAUAAGCCCGCGCGCCAUCGUGCGGCAGCACAGCGGUCUCAGCCGUCAGGGUAUACGACAAUGGGAGCGGAGACUGGACCCGACAUGGAGAGUUUCAACAGCAUAAGAAAGUCGAAAGUCGGCCGAAAAAAGUCGCGACAAAGCCGAAGACUGUGAAGUGUAGCAGUUACACUGGACCGUUGUAUGAAGCUGGGUCAGGUUUUGUAAAACAUAUUUGUAGAAAAUCACGCACCUAAUUAUGGCAUUGUUUAAGGUUUUAUAGGAACAUGCACAUAAGAAAUUUAGUAUAAGCAAUUUCUAAGCGAUAAAAAAGUCAGAGGGAAGUAGCUUAGUUUAGCUUCCAAGAGCGGCGACCCAGGCUAUGAGCUAUGCUCGCGAACAUCUCAACUCAAAUGCAUGGUUUCUGAAGUUUAACUCAGUGGUGUAUAUACAUAUUGAAUAAACUUACACCUUGCAAUACAGCGAACAAUGAAGUGU